CCGAAAAUAUAUCAUCCCUUUCAUAGUAAGAUCUCUCAGAUUGUAGGGCACCUACAAUUGAGCGGACUUUCUCACACAAUUCAAAAACCAAGAUCACAACUUCCUACCAUCCCAUAACGUCUAUUUUUCUAUUUUUCAAUAUAGUUAAACUAUCUUACCACUUGAAUAGGCCUGUAUAUUGAUUUAUGACCGGUAACCUAUCACAUCGAUAUACAUCGAAAAUGUCCAAAGAUGUGUUGGAUUUUCCCGAGUUGGAGCGGCCGUUCUUGGAGCCUUACCUACAGCCACAUAAUGCCGAAACCAAGAAUGACAGCUUGCCCUUUGUGACCCUUACCUUUGCUACCUCGCUGGACUCGUCUCUCAGCAUUGCGCCCGGAGCUCGCACCAUUCUUUCAGGCCCCCAGUCCAAGGCCAUGACACAUUACCUCCGAUCUCGCCAUGAUGCUAUCUUAAUUGGAGUGGGCACGGCGGUAGCAGACAAUCCCGGUUUGAACUGCCGAAUUGAAGGCGUUGGGGGGUAUGGUGGUUGUGAUGGCGGCGACAACCUUCGGGGACAGCCCAGACCCAUCAUCAUUGAUCCUACAGCUCGAUGGGACUUCACAGAGGAGGCCCAAGUUCUUCAACUUGUUAGGAAUGGCUGUGGACGUGCUCCCUAUAUUUUGACGCAGAACCCAUCACCUCCUACCAAGCAAAAACAGAUUCUUGAGGAACAUGGCGGGAAGUUCGUUACACUCGAUAUCACUACACCCGAACAAACUGGCCAUGAUCUCGAUUGGACCGCCGUGCUGGAGGCCUUGAAGAAGGAAGGGCUCAACAGUGUUAUGAUUGAAGGUGGAAGUGGUGUGAUCAAUACCCUGCUGGAGCCGUCAUCCCAGGCGUUGAUUGACAGUGUGAUCAUUACCAUUGCCCCAACAUGGCUGGGCCAAGGUGGAGUGGUCGUGUCACCGAAACGACGAUUUGAUGCAGGUGGUAAUGCGAUUGCAGCCUCACGGCUUGCCAAUGUCAAAUGGCACCCAUUUGGUGAAGAUGUGGUUCUCUGUGGGAGGAUCAGCCCUUGAAAUAUUAGGCUUUUCACGCAGCAUGCUGGGCUAGCCGUCUUGAUUCAUACAGAGAAGGACUACGAAUACGAUUCUUUUCCCGGUUUAAUUUAUGGGCUCCAGAUUGUCUAAAUAUGAAUAGUGCUCAAUACACCAUAUAUGCUAUUGUAGUUGACAAAAUCUAAAUUCCAGAUCAU